AAUAUGUCCCAAUUAUAAAUUCAAAUAUGUCCUAUAUUUAAAUGCGAAUUUAAAUAUUUGCCCAUCAUUCUCUAUGGUUGUUAACAAUUUGCGCGUAGUAAAGAAUGCCUCGAACAAUAACGAGAGAACGAAAUGAACGAGGACUUUCUACUUUUCUGGAUUCCAUUCGUUCCCUCUUAAUCAGUGUUCAGAAUUUAGAAGAUACCUAUUGUUCGACUGAAGUUAUUGAAAACCUGCUUUUACACCUGGAGGAGAGUGCAUCAACUCUUGUUCUAAUUUCCACACAUGCUGGAUUAAACGCUCAUGACGCUGUUCUCAAUAGUUUCAAGAAUGAUAUUGAUGCAGUGUUGGCUAAAAUAAGAUCAUUGUGUCGAAUGUUAACAAAUUACGUGGAUGAUUCACAAGAAGGUCAACUUCACUUUAGCUACACAGCACCCUUAUCAGUGGCAAAAGGUCCUGGUCGCCCAGCUGUUGUAGUAAAGUGUGAGCAAAUUCUAUUUUUGAGAGAACUGCAUUUUUCCUGGGCAAAAAUAGCUAGUUUGCUUGGUGUGAGUGUGUCUACUCUUAAUCGCAAGCGAAACGAAUUAAAUAUACCGGAUGAAGAUGACUCUUGGACGACCAUAUCAGAUGAGCGACUGGAAAGAGAAGUGGAAGAAAUAAGAAGUCUAACUCCUAAUAUUGGUCAGAGAAGAUUAUUGGGCGCAUUAAGGGCAAGAGGAAUAAAGAUUCAAAGGAACCGCGUUCGCGAAUGCUUACGAAGAGUAGAUCCCCUUGGAACGUCUUUACGUUGGAGUGGAAUCAUAUAUAGACGCAAAUAUUCAGUACCAACACCAAACUCACUCUGGCACAUAGAUGGCAACCAUAAGCUUAUCCGUUACAGAUUGGUUGUGCACUGUUGCAUCGACGGUUAUUCCAGGCUAUUAAUUUAUGCACAUUGUGCUACGGACAACAAGGCUCAAACCGUCCUUGAACAAUUUAUGCACGGAGUGUCCACGUUUGGUUUACCAUCAAGAGUACGCAGCGAUCAUGGGCUGGAAAUAUCGAAGUCGCUCGAUACAUGUUAA